AUUUAUUGUGAAUGUUAAGCAAACCAAGUCAUUCACAAUAAUUUUCAGACCAUAAAAAUACCGCCUUUUCGCGUUUGUUUAUUUGCAAAAACGAAGCCAGGAGAAUAAACAUCAUGCAGGCAUUUCUUAAAACCGGCAAAUCAUCAGUUCCAACGGAAAGAUCACAGGCCAGUACUUCAUCUGGUCAACAAAGUGGGGAACAUCGUAAACCACCAGCACCAUGGGUUGAGAAAUAUCGUCCAAAAAGUGUGGAUGAUGUUGUGGAGCAGUCCGAGGUUGUGGCCGUGCUACGAAAAUGCGUAGAAGGAGCUGAUUUGCCAAAUAUGCUGCUCUAUGGACCACCUGGUACGGGCAAGACAAGCACAAUAUUGGCUGCAGCACGUCAGAUAUUUGGUGAUAUGUUCCGUGAACGUAUAUUGGAGCUAAAUGCUUCCGAUGAGCGAGGCAUCAAUGUGGUAAGGUCGAAAAUUAAGAAUUUUGCCCAAUUAACUGCCAGCGGUACUCGACCCGAUGGCCGUCCCUGUCCACCGUUCAAAAUAAUCAUACUCGAUGAGGCCGAUUCCAUGACACAUGCCGCCCAGGCAGCUUUGCGUCGUACAAUGGAAAAGGAGAGUCGCAGCACCCGAUUCUGUUUGGUCUGCAAUUAUGUGUCGCGUAUCAUUGAACCCAUCACCUCAAGAUGUACGAAAUUCCGUUUCAAACCUUUGGGUGAAGUACAAAUUAUUGAGCGUUUGAAACAUAUUUGCAAACUCGAGGGUGUUAGCAUUGAUGAGGAUGCAUUUAAAUCCAUUGUCAAUAUAUCAGGUGGUGAUAUGCGUCGGGCCAUAACAACGCUGCAGUCAUGUUAUCGUUUAAAGGGUGCCCAGCAUAAAAUACAAACCACAGAUCUCUUGGAAAUGUCCGGUAUUAUUCCUGAAUCGUAUUUGUGUGAAUAUCUGGAGGUAUGUCGUUCUGGAGAUUAUGGAAAAUUAGAAGAUUUUGUCCGCAACAUUGGCUAUGAGGCAUACAGUAUUGGCCAGAUGUUGGAACAAUUUAAUGAAUAUGUUCUCCGAUGUCCCACCUUGACGCACAUGCAAAAGGCCAAGAUAUGUGAUAAACUUGGGGAAUGCUCUUUCCGUUUGCAAGAUGGUGGUUCGGAAUAUUUACAAAUCAUGGAUCUUGGUUGUGCGAUUAUAUUGGCAUUGAAAGAGAAGUAGUUUAGCACGCACUGCAAUGCGCCAAGGAAAUAUUUGUUCAGAUACUUCUUAUAGUUAAGUUUACGUUUAAAAUAUAAUAUUAUUCAAAAAUUAA